AUGACGGAAACCCAGACAGAACCGCAGCCAGUGUUGGCGUCGCGCGACUCUGGUCGGAGCUCCGAAAGUAGCUCCUUGGAUGCGAUCGCGCAGGAGAAGCAGAAGCUGGCGACCACCAGUGUGCGGGUGAGUCGACGCCGUGACGGGUUGCCGGACCUGCAUAACUCGGCAUCGCCCAAGCGGUGGAAGACCUUCUGGAAGUCCUUCCGGUAUCUGCAGAAUCUCACGCCCAAGCAAGUCGAUGACUUCAUGGCAUCGUACGUCAUCUACAAUCUGGACUGGUCGGACGAGAAGCAGAUGGUGGACGAGCUGGGCCCGAACUAUCAGGCGAAGGUGGGCGAAUGUCUGCAGGCGUACUAUGGCGUGUUGAACCACCUGUGCGCGCUGGGUGACGUGGAGAAGAUGUACAUUCCGCCGUUCAUGAGCAAGAAGGCGACCGUAUUGGAGAACCAGCUGCUGUAUGAGGAGUCGAUUGCGGAACACAUCGAGCUCAAGCCAGGCGACCGCGUGUUGGAUUUGGGUUGCGGUCGGGGCCGAGUGGCCGCCCAUAUGACGCAAUACUCGGGCGCGACCGUCACGGGACUCAACAUCGACCCCAACCAGGUCGCCCAGGCGCGUGCCUUCAAUGAGAAGCGCGGCUUUGCCAGCAACCAGUUCGUCGUCCAGGACUUCAACUCCCUCCCGCUGCCCUUUGAGGACAACUCCUUCGACGCCUUCUAUCAGAUCCAGGCCCUCAGUCUGUGCAAGGACCUCUCUGCCCUCUUCCGCGAGAUCUACCGCGUCGUCAAGCCCGGAGCCAAGAUCUCCUCCCUCGACUGGGUCAGUCUGCCCGAUUACGACCCAUCCAACCCCGAACAUGCCGAGCUCAUGCGGCGCGUCAAGCCGCUCAUUGGCGCCGUCGGCACCCCGACCCCGGAGAUCCUCGAAAAGGCCAUGACUGACGCCGGCUUCGUGGUCACCCGCUCCGACAACGCCUCUGUCGGUGGCCUGCAAGCUCCGCUCAUCGACAAGGUCGACUUUUACUUCCGCUCCAUGCGCCAGGUCAUCCUGGGCCUGGUCAAAGCCCAUGUGCUGCCUCACCACUUCAAGACGCUGAUCAAUCGGCUGUGUCUGGAUGGACAGGCUUUUGUCAAGAUGGACAACAUGCGCCUGAUCACCACGAGCUAUCGCAUUAUCGCCGAGAAGCCUCUGCAGUAG